UCUCUCUCUCUUUUUUUUCUCUUUUCUCUUUACUAAACAAGAAAAAAAAAUUAUCUAAAUGCCUAAGGAGACUACCAAGACCACCAAGCGCGCUGCUGCUGCUGCUGCUGCUAAGCCUGAAGAAAAGAAGCGUCGUUCCAAGAAGGACCCUUCUGCCCCUAAGCGUGGCUUAUCUGCAUACAUGUUCUUCUCUCAAGAUAAGAGAGCUUCUGUUAAGGAAGAAAACCCUGAAGCCUCAUUUGGCCAAAUUGGUAAGAUUCUUGGUGAAAAGUGGCAAGCCAUGUCUGAAGAAGAAAAGAAGCCUUAUGUUGAAAAGGCUGAAGCUGACAAGAAGCGUUAUGAGAGUGAAAAGGCUUCUGCUAAGUAAAAAUAACUAAACUCAUUACCUAAUCAUCACUUGUAUCUCUCCUUUUUUUUCUUUAUGUUAUCUCUUUUUUAUUAUUAAAAAAACUCACCUUUUUUUUCGCGUUACAUUUUUUUAAUGUCUAAUAAAAAAAAAACUGGUUCAAAAAAAAUAAU